AUGAGGCACUUCAUCUUUACUCUCUUCGCCUUGGCCACUACCUCGGCCUUGGCUCAGGAUCCCGGCCCAUCACCUACAGCCUCUGUCGGCUGCGAGCCACAUGGCGACCACUGGCAUUGUGAUGGUCCAGCAACUGGAGCCGCUACUACUACCAGCGAGCUAUCCCUCGCUCCAAGUCCCACUGAGUCUGUGGGAUGCGAACCCCACGGGGACCACUGGCACUGCGACGGGCCCGCCUCCGCCACGGCCAUGCCAACGGCGACUUCUGAUGACCACGACCACGACCACGAUCACGACCAUGAUGACCACAGCAACGCCACACCGGCUGUCCCUAGUCCCACGGAGUCGGUUGGAUGCGAACCGCACGGCGACCAUUGGCACUGCGAUGGGCCCCGGGAGACUGGCAGUCCUUCUGCGAGCGCGAGCGACGCGUCCGCUUCCACUUUGGUCUCGACUACUUCAUCUGCCACAGCGUCUGCCACUGGAGCGCAACAGACGGGUGGAGCUGGCUCUUUGAGCGUGGAAUUGACUGUGGCGGUUGGUUUGGCUGUCGCCGCUGCGGCGUUUCAUGUUUGA